AGAAGGCCCACACAAGCACGGGAACAACAUGCAAACUCGAGGCAUAAUUUUAAAUGAUAUUGAAUUCUAGAUUAUAUAUGGGUUCGGGAAAUACGAUUGGACACGUUGUUUUUUUAAUGCUUGCAUAUUUCCCAAAUAGGAGCAACGGUGGGUCAAACAUUUAUCAAUAACAUACAUCGUGUAGUUUAAACGGUAAGAAAUUGCCACUAUGUACGUAGUGUCACAAAACAGGCGCGCCCACUUUGGCCGCGACGUUGCACAGUCACGGUCUCCAACCUGAGCGCAGUGACAUUAGCUUGACUGGAUGUUCUCUUGGUAAGCUGGGUUUGCAGCCAGUCGUAAAUGUUCUCUGUAUUUUAACUGAAAACCAUUUAAAAUCAUGACUGGAAGUGCCGGUGAGUGGUGUCUCAUGGAGAGUGACCCCGGUGUGUUUACGGAGCUGAUAAAAGGGUUCGGCUGUAAAGGUGCCCAGGUUGAAGAGAUUUGGAGUAUGGAGCCAGAGAACUUUGACAACUUGAAGCCUGUCCAUGGAUUGAUCUUCCUGUUUAAGUGGCAAGCAGGCGAAGAGCCAGCAGGAUCAAUUGUGCAGGAUUCAAGACUUGACCACAUCUUCUUUGCCAAACAGGUAAUUAACAACGCGUGUGCCACCCAGGCGAUUGUCAGCGUUCUCCUCAACUGCUCCCAUCCCGACAUGUUGCUUGGAGAGACACUAACGGAGUUCAGAGAGUUUUCACAGAGUUUUGAUGCUGCAAUGAAAGGUUUGGCUCUUAGCAACUCUGAAGUUAUCAGACAAGUUCACAACGGCUUUGCCAGGCAGCAAAUGUUUGAGUUUGAUGCAAAGUCAUCUGCAAAGGAUGAGGAUGCCUUUCACUUUGUGAGUUAUGUUCCUGUAAACGGUCGACUUUACGAGUUGGAUGGUCUUCGAGAAGGACCAAUUGACCUAGGUGCCUGCAAUCAGGAUGACUGGAUCAGCGCUGUUCGUCCAGUCAUUGAGAAAAGAAUACAAAAGUACAGUGAAGGAGAGAUUCGUUUCAACUUAAUGGCCAUCGUGUCAGACCGGAAAAUGAUAUACCAGCGGAAGAUUGCAGAGCUUCAGACUCAUCUUACUGAGGACGAGCCCAUGGACACAGACCAGAGCGGGACAUUUCUGAGCUCCAUUCAAUCAGAGAUGGCCAAGUACCACCUUCUUAUUGAGGAAGAAAAUCAGAAACUUAAAAGAUACAAGGUUGAAAAUAUUCGACGGAAGCACAAUUAUCUUCCAUUCAUUAUGGAGCUAUUGAAGACAUUAGCUGAGCACCAGCAGUUAAUACCUUUGGUGGAGAAGGCAAAGGAGAAACAGAGCACCAAAAAAGCCCAGGAGGCCAAGUAAACAUCAUCACUUUUGAAUGGCCACACUUGCGCAAGGCUCCAGUCAUGAUUCACCUGUGAGCGACAUACAGAUUCUGUACUGUGCAUCUUCCAUUUUUUACAUCCAUGGCUAACGGUAAUCUGCAGCACAAUCCUCACUGUGGUAUUUGUCUGCAUCCAGACUUCAGAAAUGUGUUAUUGCAGGUGUAGCAGAGAGACUCCUCGUGUGUUCAUCAGAUUAUGUGCAUAAUUGAAGGAAACAUGCUUAAAUUCUCUUAUUUUCAUAAUAAAAGUGUCACGAAGUAUUCAAACAUGUUUCUACGUCAACAGUUUUUAAUUAAAUAUUUGCUGGUUUUGUAUUUGAACAUCUGGGAAGUCAUCAGCAUUCCAUCUGCAUACCAUACUGCUUAUCCUCUAGCCAAUCGCAGGGCAUGUAUGAAUAUACAAACAUCCAUUCACACAUUCAUUCCUACAGGCAAGUUAUAGCUUUACCACAUUUGUAUUUGGGCUGUGGGAGGCAACGCACACAGGCACAAGAGAACAUGCGAAUUCCACACUGUAUUUGAACAUGAGUGCACAGAACUGUGAGGCAGAUGCAUCGACCAGUCUGGCCCCGUGCUGCCAUCUGUGAAGUUCAGGCAAAUGUAAUGCUACCUGACUACCAUCCAAUGGUGAACGAGAGGAAUUACAGUGAACAAAAAUUUCAUUUGCAAAUUACUUAUUUCUUUCUCAUGUUUAAUUCAUCCAUGUGCCUUUUACCAUUCAUGAGUAUGUUGUUUUUAUAAUACAUGAUUGAUAAUUUGACCUACGGUAAAAUUGACUACAAAAUAAAUAAUGUUCAUGUAUUUCAUUCAAACUAUUGAAUGUAGUUGUGACAGACAUUUACAACUUAUUAAUCAUUUUAACUCAAUUUGACAAGGGGCCUGUAGAAAUCUUAAAUUUAUUUGAAUUAAAUAUACCUUAAACAAGGCGGGACAGUGGACCAACAGGCUAGAGCAUUGGUCUCAGUUCUGAGGAGUGGGGUUCAAUUUCUCGCCCCGCCUGUGUGGAUUCUCUCCAGGCACUACAGUUUCCUCCCACAUCCCAAAAACAUGCAUUAUUGGAGACCCUUAAUUGCACCUCAGUGUGAUUUUGAGUGCGACUGUCUAUAUCCCCUGAGACUGGCUAGCAACCUGUUCAGGGUCUACCCCGGCUCCUGCCCGAUGAUAGCUGGUAUUGGCUCCAGCACUCCUGUGACCCUUGUAAGCAUAAGCAGCUUAGAAAAUGGACGGAUAGAAUCAAGUUAUUGAUAGUUGCAACAUAUCUAGUCUAUCUACAAAGAUACUGAGGCUUGUUCAUAGUUAAAUGUUAAGAGGCGUUAACAUACAUCGUUGAACUGUCCUCUUGUCACAAGUGCAUUACAAAUCUUUAUUUUUUCCAAAUUGGAUUUACAACUCAUUCCAAAGAUAUUCUCAUAAAUGUUAAUUAGUCCAAUCCCACACAAGAAUGACGUGAUGUGAUGUCGUUGGACAGUAAAUAUCUGAAAAUGUGGCAAUUGUGCACACAAAGAAUGCAGCUCGAUAUCCGGAUCCCUGAUUUGUGUUUUAUUUUUAAUUAAUUUUUUGAUAGACCAUACUGAAUUACAGAUAGCUGACACAUCCAGUCUCGUAUUUAAAUGUUAGGAGGGUUUAUGUAAGAAUUGCUAUUGUCACUGCCCCUUUGAUUAGCAUUGUACUUAAGGUAUGCAAUACAACCAGAUGACGCUCAUUUAUGGGUUAUUGUAAUACUUGAACAUCGUGUGCAUGUUCGGCGUUUGUGACAUGGCAGAACUAGACUGUGUGCUAAUCCUAUUUUUGGCUCCAGUGUUAACUUGAACACGCACACUAAGUACUCUCUUGGAUGUGCUGGCCUGUCAUCAAGAUCCCUCAUGGCAAGAAAUGAAAACCUUCAGGUUUUACUACAUUACAAGUGCUGCCAGAGAUCACAAGUUUCAAUGUCUGCUCAUAAGUCAGACCACACUGGCAGCAAACAGUAUUUAUUGUGACUGUUUCACGUGUUCUGCUGGACAUGCUGCUACAAAAGAUCUAGUUUUAAUUAGUUGCACUCUCAGUGUGAAAUGAAUGGGACAUCCGGAAAACGUUCACAGUGGUGCUUCACUUUUUCCACAUUUUAUUUUACAACCUAAUUCCAAAGUGGAUUCAAUUCAUGAUGGUAUGGGGAUGUUUUUCGGUGGCAGGACUGAAAGGCUACAGUCAGGAUUGAGGGGACAUUUAAUCCGUGUCCAUUUUCCAGGCCACUUAUCCUCACAAGAGUCGUGGGAGUGCUGGAGCCUAUCCGAGCUAAUUUUGGCCAAAAGGCAAAGUACAGCCUAAGGUGGUCCCCAGUCAGUCACAGGGCACAUUUCGACAACAUCACUGAGCAGGAAUCAAUCCCACACGGGGUUGUGUACCACAACUCCACCAGUGGCCUGGGACAAUCAUUUAUUAUAGCAUUAUACACAGACUUCCCAGCUGAAAAUCUGCUCCAUGGUGUUCUUACCCUUAGAAAUGGGGCCAUGGUUCACAGCCAAGAUUAAAGAACUGGUCUCACCACAACUGUGUCGAUGUUCUUUACCAACUCAGAGCACAGACCUAAACCCAAUUGAACAUAUCAAGAAAGAUCAAAAAUGACUUUGCGCUGAUUGCUCUCACCUAACCCGAUGGUGGUUGAAAGGUACUAUGAAUAGGAAAACUUCCCAAGGAUAGGUAAACAUAAUAUACAAAAAGACUGCAGGCUGGAAUUGCUGCCAAAUCAAAGUAAUACCUGCCUAACAAUGAAAAACUAUAUAUUGUACAUCAUUCUUUGUUUCUGUUUUUUUUAGACAUUUGCAAAAAAAAAAUAAAGGUAUGUUUACAUGUUCUGCCUAGGAAGCCAAGAAAAAUAUUUUUUUUUUGUUGAAAAGCAUUAGCUAAAACGUGGAACAAAUAAACUGCUACUGGAUGAACUAACUCCCUUCUGGAAAUACUGUACCUACUAUAACUAGCUGAAGAUGGAAUAUGCUACAUUUGUAAAACAUGUAGUCCACCAAGGCAAA